AUGAUUUAAAAUGAAAUUGCAGAAUGCAUUAAAAAAAUGACAACUUAUCUUGAUUCGAAUGGGUAUAAGAAAUUUAAGCUUUUUCAGGCUUAGCCUAAUUAUUUUGAUUUGAAUUAUGAGGAAAGAAAAACAUUAUUAUAGGCUCCAUCUGUUGAUUACUUAUGCAAAUCUAUCAUAAUGGAAAACACAAAGUAUGAUGAUUCAUAUCCGGAUCAUGAAGUCAACCCAAAAUUCAUUUGCGUUGUAGUUCAAUAUAUCACAAAACUAUAAGGGGAAAAGGUAAAAUAGUUAAGAACAAUAUUAGAUUAAUAAAUAUUUUAAAUAGUUAUAGAAUCAGAAGUACCCAAAUAAACAAAUAUCCAGAAAUAAAUUACACUUCAGAUUAACAUCAGAUGAAGUAACUAAUUGUUUAUUAAAUUAGAUGUCGUAUCAACUAAGUGGAUAUUAAUUUAAUGCUAUAACACCUUUCAACAUGAUACAAAAUAUGCCAUUGUUGAUUUCCGAAAGAAUAUUGAACUUAGAGUAUAUAUGGUUUGGAGGUGGACAUACAGAUGUUAAAUUGAGAAUGGACAUCAAGGAAAUGUGCACUCUCUAUCCAAAUAAAGUCUUUUAUUCAGACAUAAUAAUGCAAUAACAAGAAUAAUGAAAACCUA